UACUGAUUAUUUAUCGAGUUAAACCGCGCACAAAUGUUGGGAUUUCUUCAUUAGUUAUUUGAAUCUUUUACUGAGUGUAUCAUUGUGGUUUACUUGUCAGUGCUCAAAAUAAUGAAAUCUAUCGUUGUGCUUCUGAUCUUUGGACUGAUUUCCGUUCAGGGUUCCCUCUGUCCGGGAACUGGCGUCCGAAAAAUUCCAGUUGAAGUAAGUCCAAUGCUGUACCUGGAAUGCAUCAACGGAGUGUUCCAGAAUAUUCGUAACUGCCCGUUAGGUUACGCCUUCGAUCCGGCUUCGGAACAAUGUCAACCGGAGCAGAUCAAACGGCUGAUGUUGCCAUCCGGAACCUCGAUCCAAUGUCCGGCGACUGUCGAUAGUCGUGUUGAACCUGUCUAUCUGACUCAUCCUACUGAUUGCACAAUCUACUAUAUCUGCUUGAACUUUGUGCCCCAGGAGCAGCGCUGCCCCCCGAAUACGGCCUUCAAUCCCCAGAUCAAUUUGUGUGAUGUACCGGAAAAUGCUAAUUGUGCUCAUUAGUAUGAUGAUUUGAAACAAAAAAAAAUACUAAUAAACAACUAGAAAUAA